CAGAGGAGUUUGUUCAUGUUGUGAGUGUGGGUGUCAGGGAGACGCCCCACAGUGUGUCACCAUGGUCCACUUGCCACACCUCCUCUGCCUCCUCGGCGUGGUGGCUGCCGGCUACGAGCCUACAUGGAAGUCCCUGGACACCAGGCCGCUGCCUGCCUGGUAUGACGGAGCUAAGAUUGGCAUCUUCCUCCACUGGGGCGUCUUCUCUGUCCCUUCCUUUGGCUCAGAAUGGUUCUGGCAGCUCUGGCAAGGAGCUAACAAGAGUCAAUACGUGGACUUCAUGAAGAAGAACUACCGGCCUGAUUUCACGUACCAGGACUUCGCGCCCCAGUUCACUGCGGAGUUCUUCAAUCCGGAUGAGUGGUCAUGGAUAUUUGGUUCUUCUGGGGCUCGCUACGUGGUGCUCACCAGCAAGCAUCACGAAGGCUUCACCAACUGGCCCUCUCGCUACUCCUGGAACUGGAACGCCAUGGACGUAGGACCUAAGAGAGACUUGCUGGGUGAUCUGGCCAAGGCUAUCAGGACCAACACUCCAGAAAUCCACUUCGGCUUAUACCACUCCAUGUACGAGUGGUUCAACCCACUCUACCUGCAGGAUAAAGAUAACAACUUCCAGACCAAUAACUUCGUGAGGGAGAAGACCAUACCAGAGCUUUAUGAAUUGGUGAUGAAGUACCAGCCGGAGGUGAUCUGGUCAGACGGGGACUGGGAGAUCGAGGACUGGUACUGGAACUCCACCAAGUUCCUGGCUUGGCUUUUCAAUGACUCUCCUGUCAAGGACACCGUGGUGGUCAACGACAGGUGGGGCAGAGGGAUACCUUGUCACCACGGAUCCUUCUAUACCUGCCAGGAUCGCUACAACCCAGGCGUGCUGCAGCCACACAAGUGGGAGAACUGCAUGACACUGGACCGAGGCUCCUGGGGCUACCGUCGCAAUGCUCCUCUCUUCGACUACCUCACCAUACACGAACUGAUCACCACGCUAGCACAGACCAUCAGCUGUGGUGGUAACCUGCUGGUGAACGCGGGUCCGACUCAUGAUGGUCGCAUCCCACCCAUCAUGGAAGAGAGACUUAGACAACUGGGUUCCUGGCUUGACAUCAAUGGUGAUGCUGUGUACGACUCCACACCUUGGGUACACCAGAACGACACCGUGACUCCUGGAGUGUGGUUCACCAAGAAGGCAGAUACGGUGUACGCUAUGGUCCUGUCAUGGCCCAAGGGUGACAAAUUGACCCUGGGCACGGUUCAGCCCACUCCUGAGACCCACAUCACCAUGCUAGGCUACAAAAACAACGCCAUCAAUAACAACAGCCUUAAGAUGAAGAGAGUGAAGAGCGGGAUACAGGUGGUGUUCCCGCCCAUGUCAGAUGUGAAGAGUCAGUGGGCGUGGGUGCUGGCCAUGUCAGGAGUGACACCCACUGUCAGGACCUCUCCAGCACCCACUGUCAUGUCGUGGAUCACUGCCCCAUAGAUACCCAUGCCCACUCACACAGCAACUCCGGAUAGUUUGUCAUCAGCAUAUAAUGACUCUGCAUGGAGUUAUCCGGAGAUAUAAUGCUCUCUCAUUUACGCAGAAUUCUCAGCUGGGCGACACGGUCAUGGAGGUUAAUGUAAGCAUUUUAACAAUGGGUUAUUGGCUAAUUUACCCAGUAAUGGAAGUGAGAAUGCCACCAGAGAUGGUUAUCAAAAAAAAAAAAAAUACUUGGGUGGGGUUAGCUUUUGAUAAGGACCUGCUUUGUACAGGCCAAUAGGCCUGCUGCAGUGUUCCUCCAUUCUUA